UUAUUCCUCUGUCAAUUAUUUGCCGCUUAAUUUUGGCGCAGAUUUUUGGCGUCAUUUGUUUUCUUGGCAUUCGUGAUUUGGUAGCCUGAAGAGGCGAUUGAAAUAUGUCCAAGAAAUUAAAUACUAGUGCAGGUGGCACGCCCAAGAAUACGCUGUUCAACUACUUUGCCAAAUCGCCAGUUGUUGACAAAAAGAAACUAACGCCAAGCAAUGGAGGGGAACUCCAAAAGGAGAAUCUGCAGAACAGGAAUCUCAAGGGUGUGAAUAAGGAAAUCAAACCAGCUGCUAGACGCAAGUUGCCAGAAGCUACAGGAGACAGUGAUCCUGAAGAGGAGAUUGGUAAACGUAAACGAAAGCGCAUUGUAUUACCCGAAUCAGAGAGCGAAGAGGAAUACGAAUCCAAAUCGGAACCAGACUUUUCCGAUGAUGGCUCAGACUAUCAACCAGAUGCAAAGGAGGCUACCUUCAGCGAAGAGAGCGCCAGCGGCGAAGAAGAAGUUGACAUUAGCGAUCCUGACACUGAAGACGACCCAACACCCAAGAAGAACAGCAAAAAGUCCACGAAAAACUUUAUAAACAACAAUAAUAAUGAAGAACCUGCUAGCAAGAAGGUGAAGAUGGAGACACCCGUCUUAGUGACAGGUGGCACGUUUAUGGAGAAGCUGCAGCAGCUGCAAAGUAAUGCUAAAAAGGAUGCUGCUUACGAUGAGAUUGUGACCACCACAUCGAAUCUGGAUGAGCCUGUUGUUUGGCCACAUCAGAAGCUGGACUUCUUGCAGCCGGAUAAGAUUAAGGACAAGGCAGGCAGGCGACCAGAUCAUCCCGAUUACGACAAGAGCACGCUGCAUGUGCCCGAGAAGUUCCUCAAUUCCUUGUCGCCGGGCGUGCGCCAAUGGUGGGUACUCAAAUCAGACAACUUUGAUUGCGUGCUCUUUUUCAAAGUGGGCAAGUUUUAUGAGCUGUAUCACGGCGAUGCCGAUGUGGGUGUCAAUGAGUUGGGCUUCACCUACAUGCGCGGAGAAUUUGCACACUCCGGAUUCCCAGAAAUCUCCUUUGAUAAGAUGUCCUCCAUACUCAUAGACAGGGGCUAUAAGAUCGCCCGUGUGGAGCAAACCGAAACACCGGACAUGAUGACGGAGCGUUGCAAACGCAUCAAGGCCACAAAAUUCGAUAAGGUCGUGGCUCGUGAGAUCUGUCAGAUCACAGAUCGUGGCACUCAGGUGUUUGGCUCGCAGUGCGCCAUUGGUCCCAAUCAUCAGCCCAACUAUAUGUUAGCCAUAGUAGAGCAGGAUGCGGGCUCCAGCAGCAAAUAUGGCAUUUGCUUCAUAGACACCUCCAUUGGUGAUUUCCAUGUGGGUGAAUUUGAUGAUGACAAAAGCUGCUCUCGCCUAUUGACACUAAUCUCCCACAACAUGCCCGUGCUGUUACUCCAUGAGAAGGCAGCUCUUAGCUCUCGCACUCAACAAAUACUACGCACUGUUCUGGGUGGCAUACUUAAGGAGCAGCUACCUGGAGCUGGCAGCCAACUAUGUAGCGCUGAGAAGACACUGAAGCUGCUAGCGGAGCGCUAUUAUGCUGGCACUGGCCAAGAGGACAACUGGCCGCUGGUGUUGCGCACAAUGCAGUCGGACACAGACCACUUGGGUCUCACGCCUGCAGAGCCCUAUAAGCUGGCACUCAAAGCUCUAGGUCAAUGCAUACACUACAUAGCCAAAUGUAAGCUGGAGCCCAAGGUGCUGCCCAUGGCGCGCUAUCAGUUGUAUGUGCCGCCUGAUCAACAGCAGGAUGAGAUUACCAAGCCAAAAGUGACUGCUACAGCGCUGCAGCGCUCGCACAUGGUUUUGGAUGCAACGACCUUGUCCAAUUUGCGCAUUGUUGGCGAGGAGCAUUCAUUGCUGUCGACGCUAGAUCAGUGCUGCACCAAGUUUGGGAAACGGCUGCUGCAUCAUUGGCUGUGUGCGCCCAGCUGUGAUUUGACUGUGCUACGCGAACGACAGGAGGCGAUUGGGGAGCUGCUACGACAGCCUGAUGAACUGCAGCAGUUGCGCGCCUUGCUGGCGCCUAUGCCCGACUUCGAGCGUCAUUUGGCUCAGAUUCAUUUAUUUGGCAACAAAUACAUAGGCCAAACGGAGCAUCCAGACAGCAGGGCCAUACUUUUCGAGGAGAAGCUCUACAAUAAACAGAAGCUGCGCAGUUUCAUGAGCAUACUCAAAGGUUUUGAGACAUUGAUGCAAUUGCCAGCGAUGUUCCGACAAUGUGAAGCGAAGCUACUGCAGCGUUUGACUCAGCUUCCAUCCAAUGGAGGCAACUAUCCCGAUCUCAGCAAGCAGCUGAAGUUCUUUGAGAAUGCCUUCGACCACGAGGCAGCUGCCAAAGACGGCGUCGUUGCACCUCAGCCUGGCAUGGACUCAGACUACGAUGAGGUGCUGCAGCGCAUAGCAGAGGUUGAGAAACGUCUGAAGGCCUAUCUGAUUGAGCAAGAGCGUCACUUUGGCUGCCGCGUAAUUUAUUUUGGCUCCGACAAGAAACGCUAUCAGCUGGAGGUGCCCGAAACGCAUGCCCACAAGGCCACCAAGUCGUAUGCGCUGGAGGGGCAGGUGAAGGGCAAAAAGCCUGCUCGUCGCUACACCACAACGGAGACAAAGGCGCUGCUGAAGGAUAUGCAGCAGGCAGAGGACGCUCGGAACACUCUGCUUAAGGACUUGGCGCGUCGCCUCUUCGAAAAGUUCUCCAUUCACUAUGAACAGUGGAAGCAGUGCAUCGACUGUGUGGCCACAUUAGAUGUGCUCGCCGGCCUCGCUGAAUAUGCGCGUCAGCAACUGGUCAUCUGUGUGCCGGAGCUGGUCUCGGCGCAAUCCCAGCCAUUUAUUGAACUGGAGGAGGGCUAUCAUCCGUGCGCAAAUCCAUCUACUUACAUACCCAAUGGCCUGCAGCUGGGCACCGAAUCGGAGGCUCCCUUAUCGCUACUCACUGGCCCCAAUAUGGGCGGCAAGAGCACAUUGAUGCGACAGCUCGGCUUGCUGGUCGUCAUGGCACAAAUUGGUGCCCACAUUCCUGCUGCCAGCUGUCGACUCUCGCUUGUGGAUCGCAUUUUCACUAGGCUGGGCGCUCAGGAUGAUAUACUGGCUGGUCACAGCACCUUCCUGGUGGAGCUAAAUGAAACCUCGCUUAUACUAAAGCAUGCCACUUCGAAUUCCUUAGUGUUGCUCGAUGAGUUGGGACGCGGCACUGCCACAUAUGAUGGCACCGCCAUUGCUGCAUCUGUUGUCAACUUUUUGGCUAACCUGAAGUGCCGCACUUUGUUCUCCACGCACUACCACAAUCUGAUUGACUUCUUCCACAUGGAUAAGCGCAUUACCUUGGGCCAUAUGGCGUGCAUGGUUGAGAAUGAGGACAAUACAGAUCCCACCCAGGAGACGGUCACCUUUCUGUACAAAUACACAGCAGGCGCCUGUCCCAAAUCGUACGGCUUCAAUGCAGCCAAGUUGGCGGGCAUGCCACAUGGCAUAAUUAAACGUGCUUACGAGCUAUCUAAAAAAGUCGAAGCUAUUGCACUGCAGCGCAAAAUUGCAGCGAAAAUUGUGACAGCAACUGCGCUUGGAGAUAAGAUGGAUAACACAAAGAAAGAAAAACUGAAGAAUUUGAAAGAUUUGCUAACGCAGCUUAAACUGUGCCAAGUGUGAGCAGCUAAUAUUUAUUAUUAUUAGUAUUAUUGUACUGAAGCCGAGCGUCAAGAUGCCAGCUAUGAGAGAGGCUAAAUUUAAAGAGUGGAGCGCCAAUAUUUUUUUAUCAUCGUGUCAAUAUGUGUGCACAGCUUGAGUUGCUGUCGUCGAUGUUUUGAGAUAUCUUAUGUUUACGUUUGCUUUUUAAUCUCAUAAAAAUGUCUAUAGCUGAAUACCAUGAGUUAUUCCAGUUCAUUGAAAACAGUAUUUGAAAUAAUAGUUAUGAAUCGA